CUUUCAUCCAUCUCCAUAAUCCUCAAAUCCCACUCAGGGUCAGGAAGACUCAAUGACACCACUACUGCAACAUGCUUAUUUUGUAUCCAUUCAUCAAAUUAGCUGUAUAUCGGUGUGAUAUAUAACCUGAUAGGCUGUUUAUCUAUACUUACAUUACACUUGGAUUAAGUGUCUGUGUGGAGUGGGAACGAAAGGACUGCUUAUCUUGAGGUCUGUGAUGACUAUGGACAGUGCACUAUGCUGACUAGCGGUAAAGGCUACCCAGAUUGGCUGCCAUGAUCAGCACAUCAAGCACUCGUCCGUUUCUGGCGGUUGCGCCUCGCAUUUCUCCAAACAUGGCCACAUACACAGAGGAGGACAGUGAGGAUGAAAUAGAUGAAACUUCUCCUGGCCCAGGGCGUCUGUUCAAUGUGAACAACAGUAACAACAAUGAGGAGGAGGAGAAGAAAAAGAAGAAAAAGGAGAAGAAAGAAAAGAAAGAGAAAAAAGAGUAAACACCUAAUUUGUCCCUCAUUUCCAUGAAUGCUGCAUAGUUAGAUAGAAGAGAGGUUACAUGCACAAAAGCUUCAGAAACUUGUAUUUGUUUUCUCAGGAAAAAGAAAGAAAAGAAGAAGCAGAAAGAGCAGGAGGAGAAAGAAAAGGAGGAGAAAGAAAAGGAGGAGAAAGAAAAAAAGGAAAAAGAGGAAAAGGAGAAAAAGGAGAAAGAGAAAAAGGAGGGGGCCAAAGAAGUGUUUUUCAUCAAUCCAGCGGGCAGUCUGUACUACAACUGGCUGUUCAUUAUCACAAUACCAGUCAUGUACAAUUGGACCAUGAUAAUAGCCAGGGCCUGCUUUGAGGAGCUGCAGCAUAAUCACCUAGUCACCUGGAUGAUUCUGGACUACAUCUCUGAUGUCCUCUACCUGGCUGACAUGGCCUUCAGGACCAGGACAGCCUACCUGGAGCAGGGCCUGCUGGUCAAAGACAAGAAGCUGCUGUGGGAACGUUAUAUCAGCAGCCUCCAGUUCAAGCUGGACGCCAUCUCCAUGCUGCCCACAGAUGUGUUUUACAUCUACCUGGGGAUCAACUACCCCGAGAUCCGCCUCAACAAGCUCCUCCGAAUCACGCGUAUGAUGGAGUUCUUCACCCGCACCGAGACCAAGACCAACUACACCAACCUCUUCCGCAUCUCCAACCUGGUCAUGUACAUCAUCAUCAUCAUCCACUGGAACGCCUGCCUCUACUACUCCUUCUCUAAGUCCAUCGGCUUCGGCUCUGACCCCUGGGUCUACCCGGACCUGAAUGACCCAGAAGAGCCAGAGUUCGGCGAACUGGGGAGGAAGUACUCUUUCAGCCUCUACUGGUCCACGCUGACGCUGACCACCAUCGGCGAGACACCAUCACCGGAGUUGGACUCAGAGUUCUUCUUCCAUGUGCUGGACUUCCUUGUGGGUGUGCUUAUCUUCGCCACCCUGGUGGGAAACAUCAGCUCCAUGAUCUCCAACAUCAGCGCUGCGAGGGUCGAGUUUCAGGCACGCAUCGACAACAUCAAGCAGUACAUGCAGAAGUGGAAGGUGGAUAAGGACCUGGAGCUGCGAGUCAUCACGUGGUUCGACUACCUGUGGACCAACGACAAGGCUCAGGACGAACGGGAGACGCUGCGGUACCUGCCCGACAAGCUCAGGGCCGAAAUCGCCAUUAACGUCCACCUGGAUACUCUCAAGAAGGUCCGCAUCUUCGCUGACUGCGAAGCGGGCCUGCUGAUUGAGCUGGUGCUCAAGUUGCAGCCCCAGGUCUUCAGCCCUGGCGACUACAUCUGUAAGAAGGGCGACAUCGGCCGUGAGAUGUAUAUUGUCAAGGAGGGCAAGCUGGCGGUGGUGGCUGAUGAUGGCAUCAAGCAGUUCUGCGUGCUGGGAGAUGGCAGCUACUUUGGGGAGAUCAGUAUCCUAGCGAUAAAGGGUUCUAAGGCAGGGAACCGGAGGACGGCCAAUAUCCGCAGCAUUGGCUACUCAGAUCUCUUCUGCCUGUCCAAGGAUGACCUGAUGGAGUCAUUGACCGAGUACCCAGAAGCCAAGGGCAUGCUGGAGGAGAAAGGUCGUCAGAUCCUGCUGAAGGACGGCCUGCUGGAACUGGACCCUUCCAAAAUUAUCCCCGAAACCACAGAAAUCGAGGAAAAGGUGAACCGCAUGUACAGCAACCUGGAGUUGAUGCAGACCAAGCUGAAGAAGCUGCUGGGAGACUACAGCAUCAGCCAGAGGGCCACGAGGGAACGCAUCGCUGAGAUAGAGCGGCUGACUGGAGAGGUUGUAGCAGAGGAGGACCUAGAUGAGGAGGAGAAGGAGGGAGGGGAGGAGGAGAAAAAGGAAGGGGAGGCAGAAGAGAAGAAGGAUGAUGAGAAGAAAGAGGAGGAGGAGGAGAAGUAGAUUUCUUGUGAGGAAAAAAACAAACUUUUUUGGUGUGGUCUUAACACAAUUUGAGCUAACUGGAUAUAGACCAUUAGAAAAAUAAAAACUGCUUGAAUUGAAGUCUGCUGGAAUAUUGGUUAAAACAAUUUUUUUUCUUGUUGAAGGGUUUUCAGCUUUUGGGAAAUCUAUGAUUUUUGAAACCUGAUGUAACAGACUUAUUACACUAUUUGUAUUAAGAUAAUUCAACUACUAGAGGGCACCAGAGGCCAUAAAACUAUGUAUCACUUUCACACUGGUCUUUUUUAAGUGUUUGGACCCCAUAUGUAACACACAAACUGACCACAUGAAGAAAGUAUAUGAUAUAUGAAUUGGCAAACAGAAAUACUGCCCAAGCUUGACUAUUGUGCUGUAGUUAACCCUCAAACUACUCAAACUACUAUCAAUAUUUUUUAGCAUAGCCCAAAGUUAGUUCAUUAAAUUCUUCAAAUGUUUCAUGACUUUGUCAAUCAAAGGGAUCUGUUGGAGUGAUCUCUACGUGAUAGACAGAUAACCUGCACAGAUGGAGCAUGUUAUGUUCUCACCUUUGGUUAUAACUAAGUAUGAUCGCGUAAAAAAUCUAAAUUGUCUUAGAUAUAUGCUUAGUUGCAGUCAAAACAGCUCAUAAAUGUCUGUCAAUGGCAUAAAUACUUGGUAGAACUGUGAUACAAUAACCAACUACCCUCUGAAUGUAGACAUAGUGCUGUAUUGGUGUGUAUUCAUAACAAAAUACCGGAAUUCCUAUAAUGCCCUUCAACAUUCUAUAUAUUUACAUUUACAUUUAAGUCAUUUAGCAGAUGCUCUUAUCCAGAGCGACUUACAAAUUGGUGCAUUCACCUUAUGAUAUCCAGUGGAACAACCACUUUACAA